AUGCCGUCCGCUGCCGCACGGCGAUUAUACGAAGAUCAAAUACCGACUUUCAUGUCCGUGUUUGAUCUCGACGCUGAUACUAUUGGUGAUUGCGACACCGUGACCGUUCUCGAACCGAAGCUUGUCGGCAUGGAUUCUAAGACGGUUCUGCCCGCGCCUGGUCAGGAUGGCGCCAUCCACCAGGACCCAAACCAUAAACAUAGCGACAGCACAUCGACACAAAUGUCAGAAUCAACUGAUUCUUCGCCCACCACCACUUUAUCAACUACCGAUUCUUCACCUCUGACUGAUCGAUCGCCAUCCUCUUCGCCAGACUCACCCGUCAAUUCCAAUCUCAUACCUCUCAACAACUACCCAAACACCACAUUUGGCGCCCUUACCGUGACCGACAGCGCCGGUCUGCUUCCGCCUGCUAACCCCGUCGUACUCAGCCGUCCCAUGACUUCGCCCGCGCCACGCCGGCCGCGCAACAUGAAGGGACUCUCCAUUCUUCCACCCUUGUCUGUCACUUCCAUGGCCAAGUCGUCCAACGUCGAGCCAGCUACGCCCUGCUUCAUCAAACCCCAAAUUAUGGCCAUGAAGCGCAAGCCCAGCCAGCUUAGCCUGCAAACAAACACGCAGGACCUCGUACGCCCAGUCCUCGAGGUACCACCUUCGCCUGCCAUGCCCCCGAUUCUUCAGCGCCGUGCGCUCAAGCACUCAACUUCGACACCGCAUAUGUUGAGCUCAAUCAAGACUUCGCUAGGCCCGACCCUCCCACCUCUGCCCUCGUCACGGAUGCUCGAACGCAAUGAAUCUGGACUCUCUGAGGUUCUACGCCCUAUGAAGACUGGCAUGCGCUCAUCGUUUGACGCUGCCAUCAGCGAGGAGAGCUCACCCAUCAAGCCGCAAAUGGCCAAUCGUCAAGACUUUGAGCCAUAUGAUGAGAGCAUUAACAACGAGGACCAAAAGUCGCCCACAUAUCCUGACGGUCCUAUUGCCAUUUACGGAGACGAAGUCUAUCUGUACCUUGAACCCACCGCUGAAGAGGCGUCCAAAUUUGAUGUUGUUUUUAAUGUUGCUCGCGAGGUCGAGAAUCCAUUUGAGGUUCUUGAACGCAAACAGGCCACAGAGAAGGAAACACAGCCUGACUUGAGCCCCAUUCCCGACACCGCCGUCACAACUGCCAGCUUUGCUACCGCAUUUGAAUUUCUACCCGACGAGAAUAGCAUUGAAACACCCACUACGCCCAAGGCCAAUCCUCUCAAGACCCCCGAGUAUAUUCACAUUCCCUGGGACCACAACACGGAUAUUGCGCCCGACUUGAUGCAGCUGUGUGAAACCAUUUAUGGCUACACCAAGCAGGGUAACAAGGUUCUUAUUCACUGCCAGCAGGGUGCGAGUCGCUCUGCAAGCUUAAUCAUUGCCUAUGGCUUAUACUUGAACCCCGAACUGAGCGUCAACGAUGCCUACUAUGCCGCUCAGGCCAAGAGCCGCUGGAUCAGCCCCAAUAUGAAGCUCAUGUACUCGCUGCAAGACUUUCAAAAGGAACUGUCCAAGAAAAAGUCGGCGCCGUCGUCCGCUUUUCGACCCCGCACAGGACGCAGCCCCAAUAAGCACCGUCUGACAUUGUCUGCCGAUGCCAUUGAUGUCUCGCCCAAGGAGCCUUUGUCUGCGCCGUUGCCUAGCGAGGAGGAAAAGUCAAGAGAGGAAAUGCUCAAGGAUGGCAGUAAGCGUGCUCGAGGGAACUCAUCCCCUGGCCUACAGAGUAUAUCUCCAGGGCCCGCCUCUGCGCCGUUGACCUUUUCUUGGAAGAACAUUGAACCCUUUGCCCCGAUGGAGGACGAUGACACCAACAACAUGGUGUUACCAGUGCCCCCAAUGCCGACUAUUACUGCACCAUUGUCCCCGAUUCCGCCAAUGCCGACCGAGGCGCCGCCACCUAUUCCACCACAAGCGCCGCCGCAGCUUGGCCAAGUGCCGCAGCGACCCAAGUCAAGCAUGAGCCGGCCGGAGCCCAGCUCCAACAAGAAUGCCGCUUCAUGGCUUGAUGGGUUACAGCCACCCGUUCCUCGACCCCGAUCUAGCGUGGGCAUGCGCGCGCUUCCAUUGCGAAGCUAUCAAGACCAGAUGCCCUCUGUCCUCGAUCCACGCACUCUUUCGACAGCCACGCAAACGCUUGACGUUCCGACAACACCUUACAAUGAGCCCUCGGUACUGUCACCCCGCGCCGAGACCAUGACGAAUCCGGUCCACGACUAUGCCGGAUUUGCCGGAUUUGCCGGGAUGCAGUUUUUGGACACGGCAGCCACCCCAGCGCCCGUCAACAGUGGUCUGUUUUCGCCGCGAGGUACAACAUUUCCACGCGAAGCGUCGUUUUUCUUUGGCCGGCCUGACCCUACGGCCGACCCGCGCAGCCCGCCGACACGAGGCGAAGCGCCUAUUAUUCGAUCCAUUGAUGACUUGUUAUGA